AUGGCUUCCUUUCGGCCGCCCGGGCCAGGCUCGGUUGAGAGCAGCGGAUCCUCCAGUACAAACGCUCAAUAUACCCCAGUUUCAGACCGAUCCCUUGAUGACGGACACUCAUCUCGUAACCACACGGGUCCAUUAAGGGUCAAGACUGAUUUCGGUACUGUUCAAGAUCAGUUUUCCGACGACGAUGCUGCCGAGUACAACUAUAACGACGAGGCUCGGCCCAAGUUUCAUCGACCCAAGGUUCCGAAGUACACAGAGGCCGAGGAGCAACAAAUCGUGAAGAAACUUGAUCGCAGGCUAGUUCCAUUCCUUGCGCUUCUAUAUCUUCUAUCCUUCUUAGACCGCUCGAAUAUUGGAAAUGCGAAGAUUGCCGGCAUGAUGGAGGACUUGAACCUCUCGUCCUUCCAGUAUGAAUGGCUUCUAACAGCCUUCUACAUCACGUACAUCCUCUUCGAGUGGAUGACCCUCCUCUACAAGGUCGUCCCUGCGCACGUCUACAUCUCGCUUUGCGUGUGCGGAUGGGGCCUUGUAGCCUCAUUCCAGUCCCUAUCCACAAGCUUUGGGACAAUGGUGUUCUUACGCGCAGUACUCGGAAUCACUGAAGCGGCCUUUGGCCCCGGCGUUCCAUUCUACCUAUCUCUGUUCUACAAGCGCGAAGAGCUCGCCUUCCGCACCGGAUUGUUCAUAUCCGCCGCCCCACUCGCCUCGACAUUCGCCAGCAGCUUGGCCUGGUUGAUCGUCAAGUCUAGCAGCGACGGGCCAAUCGCGCCGUGGCGCACCUUGUUUCUGAUUGAGGGCUUUCCCAGCAUCAUUGUUGCUGUUUUUGCUUGGUUCGUGAUCCCCGACUCGCCGGGCACAGCAGCGUUUUUGGAACCCCGGCAGCGGAUGGUAGCGCAGUUGCGCAUGGGCGAUGGUGGACGGUCCGAGUACUUGGGCCACCGCAGGAGGUUCAAUUGGGGUGAGGUCGGGAGGACGCUGGCUGAUCCCAAGUCUUACAUUACAGCCUUCAUGUUCUUUAGCUGCAAUGUCGCAUUCAGCUCCAUGCCCGUCUUUCUUCCUACAAUUCUCCAAGACAUGGGCUACACCCCCACAACCUCGCAAGCCCUCUCCGCGCCCCCCUACCUCCUCGCCUUCCUAACCGUCCUCUUAACCUCGCACCUCUCCGACCGCUCCCGCACCCGAAGCCCCUACUUGAUAACACACGCCCUCCUCUCCUCCCUCGCCUACACAACCCUCGCCCUAACCGGCCACUUCCACAGCCACCUAUCCCCCUCGAUAGCCACAACCCUCCGCUACCUCUGCGUCUACCCCGCGACAGCGGGCUUCUUCUCGGCAAUCACGCUGAUCAUCACGUGGAGCAUGGACAAUCGCGUCGCGAAGGAAGGGAAGGGGGCUAGUGUCGCGAUUCUGAAUGUUAUCGGGCAGUGUGGGCCGUUGUUGGGGACGAGGUUGUACCCUGCGGCUGAUGGGCCGUGGUAUGUGAGUGGGAUGGGGGUUUGCGGAGGGUUUAUGGGUGUUGUUGCGGUUUUGGCGUGGGUUUUGAGGGUUACGUUGCAGAGGGCGAAUGCGAGGCUGAUGAAGGAGGGGGAUCAGGCGGGUGAAGGGAGUGAGAGGGAGCGUGAGGUGCUGAUUUUGGGGUCCGAGGGGGCGGUUGAGAGGAAGGGUGGUGGGUUUACGUAUAUCAUCUAG